UACAUUAUAACCCAAGGCAGGUGAGCAGGUGCGCUUUUUGAGGACAGGUAACUAGGAUAUUUCCAUCACAAGACCUGCAGAGGAGCACUGGGCGCCCCGCCGUGACACAACAGGCCAGAGUUAAGGGGUAUAAUGGCCAACUUCAAGGGACAUGCAUUACCUGGUACAUUCUUCCUGCUGUUUGGCCUGUGGUGGUCAAUAAAGUACCCGUUCCGACAGAUACAGAGGAAAAAAGAGAGGCAACAUGGGGAAAGAGACAGACAAAUGCACACUGUACUCAGCCGCAUAGAUUUAAUCGAAGGAGCUCUGAAGAUCUUUUUUGCAUUUGUUGGAAUCAUGGCAGAGCAGUUUGUGCCUGAUGGCCCUCACGCACAUCUGUAUCAGGGCGGCUGGGUGAAGCUGAUGAACUGGCAGCACAGCACCAUGUACUUGUUCUUCGGUAUCUCUGGCAUCGCAGAUGUUCUCAGCAUGUCUUCUCGCCACGUUCCAGUUGGUCUUGACCGUCUCUCCCUUUCUUUGGCUCUCUUUGUGGAAGGGUUCCUUUUCUAUUUCCAUGUCCACAAUCGUCCUCCUCUGGACCAGCACAUUCACUCUCUGCUUCUGUUUGCGGUGUUUGGUGGAGCCGCCAGCACAAUGAUGGAGGUGUUUAAGCGAGAUAACACAGUGCUGGAACUUCUUAGGUGCAGUUUGGCCUUCCUACAAGGCACAUGGUUUUAUCAGAUCGGGUUUGUGCUGUAUCCUCUAAAUGGAGAAGAGUGGGAUCUGGACAGACAUGAUAACAUCAUGUUCAUCACCAUGUGCUUCUGCUGGCAUUGCGCUGUGGCUCUAAUUGUUGUGGGCAUCUGCUACUGUGGAGUUUUUUGGUGUUCAAAAUGGUGUGAAGGAAGGAAGCUCGGUGACAUGGAGUUGGGCCUCAGAAAGUGCGCUGCCUCAGAUUCUAGCUCCCAGAAGGCUUUGCUCCAGGAAUCAGAUGAAGAGUAGCGAGAGCCUAUGAUGACUGCCAAGACUGAAUGCAAAGCUUUUUCUAGCAAGCUGACUUUCUAAUAGGACUAUAUGAGCUUAUGUUUGCACCAUUUCAAUGCAAAAGAUUCUCAAAAGCGCUCAUGCUGAAAAUAUCACAUCCAAAUGGACUUGUAAAUAAUGUGGUUGUCACAGGUGUCAGAAGCACCUGGAAAGACCCUGAGAUUUGCCAAACUAGAGGUACAGAAUAGAUCACCAUAUUAUUUCAGGAUAUAAAACACGUUUGAAUGAUGUUCACUCCUAAAUACCUGUAAUAGUUGCAUAAUAAUGCAUUCAGAUGUUUUAUAAUAAAAUGUAAAUGAACAUACAACCAUGUGA